AUGAUCUGUACAAAGAUGAAGGAGACGGCAGAGGCCUAUCUCGGCGAGAAGGUCACCCACGCAGGUAGUAACGCCCACUGCUGCCGCUAUCGCCUUGGUCUUAACAAGAAGGGCGGGGAGUCCCAAAUUAUUGUCUAUGACCUUGGAGGAGGAACUUUUGAUGUCUCCUUGCUUUCGAUUGACGACGGUGUCUUCGAGGUCUUGGCAACUGCUGGUGACACGCACCUUGGUGGUGAGGAUUUCGAUAAGCGCGUCAUCGACCAUCUUGUCAAACAAUACAAGAAGAAGACCGGCACUGAUGUCACCAGCAACCUCCGCGCCAUGGGCAAGCUGAAGCGCGAGGUUGAGAAGGCCAAGCGCACGAUGUCCAGCCAACAGUCGACCCUCAUUGAAAUAGAGUCCUUCGCAGACGGCAACGACUUUUCGGAGACCCUCACUCGCGCGAAGUUUGAGGAGCUUAACAUGGAUCUUUUCCGCAAGACCAUGAAGCCCGUCGAGCAGGUACUCAAGGAUGCGAAGAUCAACAAAGAGAACAUCGAUGAGGUUGUCCUUGUUGGUGGUUCGACUCGCAUUCCCAAGGUUCAACAGCUCCUGAAGGAGUAUUUUGGCAAAGAAGCGUCGAAGGGAUCAACUCCGAUGAGGCUGUCGCUUAUGGUGCCGCUGUCCUGGGCGGUAUCCUCUCUGGCGAAGAGGGCACCUUCGGAGGUGGUCUUGGUGGAUGUCUGUCCUUUGACACUUGGUAUCGAGACCACGGGUGGUGUUUUCACGAAGCUCAUUCCCCGCAACACUGUUAUUCCCACACGCAAGUCACAGAUCUUCUCAACGGCAGCUGACAACCAGCCCACUGUCCUAAUCCAGGUCUUUGAGGGCGAGCGCUCGUUGACCAAGGACAGCAACCUACUGGGCAAGUUCGAACUCUCGAGCAUUCCCCCUGCUUCUCGUGGUGUUCCUCAGAUCGAGGUCACCUUUGGUAUCGAGUUCACUGGCAACAAUUGA